AUGACUACUACUACUAUGUCGACAAUUAUUGUUGCUAUCCUUAUUGCUGCUAUGUGUCAAUUAGGCACCAUGGGUGAAGAAGAAAAAAAACGUACACUUGAUUCUUUAUCAGGCUCGGAUUUUUUUAAAAAAAGUCUUGACAGUCUUUCGGGCAAUGAUUUUUUCAAACGUGAAGAUGAGAAACGAACACUUGAUUCCCUUUCUGGCUCGGAUUUCUUUAAAAAAAGUCUUGAUUCACUUUCGGGCAAUGAUUUCUUUAAACGUGAAGAAGAAAAACGAACAUUAGAUUCAUUAUCAGGCUCAGACUUCUUCAAGAAAAGUUUGGACUCAUUAUCUGGCAAUGAUUUCUUCAAGAAGAGUUUGGAUUCAUUGAAUGGAAAUGAUUUUUUCAAACGAAAUUUAGAUUCAUUAUCCGGCAAUGAUUUUUUUAAACGUGGUGUAAGACCAAUGACAGUAUUCAGACAUCCACACCGACCUGCACAACGUCCAAGAUGGUGA